AUGACGACAAUUGACGUUUCACUUGUCUCGUUCGUUUUCGCUAGUUUAUUUGUAAAAGAAAUACAGUGGGGUUCAGUUUUUCGUGAAAGUUCAUUAACAGUUUCCAAUAAUGGAGCUGUCGAGCAUCCUCCCACCUCCAGUACAGUCCGUUUGGGAUAGGGACGACGAAAGAAGAAAAAAUGCCCAAGCAAAUCCCAUAAAUAGCACAGCCCUUGUGAGCGCCCAGUCCAUCUCACCACCUUAUGGCCAAAGAAGAGGCUGGGUGCCCCGCAAUGUGACUGAUUACGGAGACGGAGGGGCCUUUCCUGAGAUUCACGUAGCACAAUACCCUUUGGAGAUGGGUAGAAAGAAAGAAUCUGAGUCAAAUGCAAUAGCUGUUCAACUAGGCGCUGAUGGUAAAGUUAAGUACGAUGUUAUUGCUAGACAAGGGCACUCUAAGGAUAAGAUUGUAUACUCGAAGUUGUCAGAUUUGCUGCCUGUUGAAGUCGUUGCAGAAAAUGACCCGAGCUUGGAGAAGCCAAAUGAAGAGGAAAUUGAAGAUAUCACUGAAAAGACCAGACAAGCAUUGCAGAAAAUAACAAACUCUAAGAUUGCUGCAGCUAUGCCCAUUAGAGCAGCUGAAAAGCAAGGCCCAGCUCAGUUUAUCAGAUAUACACCUUCACAACAAGGUGCCGCAUUCAAUUCAGGGGCAAAACAAAGAGUCAUCAGACUUGUGGAGGCUCAAGUGGACCCUAUGGAACCUCCUAGAUUCAAAAUCAACAAGAAGAUUCCUAGGGGGCCCCCAUCACCCCCUGCACCUGUCUUGCACAGCCCUACAAGAAGGGUAACUGUUAAGGAGCAAAAAGAAUGGAAGAUACCACCUUGUAUCUCGAACUGGAAGAACGCUAAGGGUUACACAGUACCUUUGGACAAACGCUUAGCUGCAGAUGGUCGUGGUUUGCAACAACUGCAUAUCAAUGAGAAUUUUGCUAAGUUAGCUGAAGCUUUAUAUAUAGCAGAUCGUAAGGCAAGAGAAGCUGUGGAGACAAGAGCUCAACUUGAGAAGAAAUUGGCGCAGAAAGAAAAAGAGGCUAAGGAAGAGCAUCUGAGGCAGCUAGCUCAAAGAGCUAGAGAAGAAAGGGCUGGUAUCCGGACUACUGCUCCUGGAGGUAGUUCAGGGCUGUCAAAGGUUGAUGAGGAUGAACAAGAAAGGGAGUUACUGAGGCAGGAUAGGCAUAAAGAAAGAGCUAGAGAUAGGAAUUUGGCUAGGGCAGCCCCAGAAAAACGCAGCAAGCUAAUGAGAGAACGAGAAAGAGACAUUUCUGAACAAAUUGCACUUGGCAUGCCUGCUAGAGGUGUAUCAUCAAGUGGUGAAACCCAAUUCGACCAAAGGCUCUUUGGACAAGCGCAAGGCUUGGGUCAUGGCUAUGGUGAUGACGAGGCCUACAAUGUGUAUGACAAACCUUGGAGAGAUGGUGGAUCCAUGGCAAACCACAUUUACAGACCAGGCAAAAAUGUUGAUAAAGAUGUGUAUGGAGGAAUGGAUGCUGAAGAGCUGGAGAAAGCAAUCAGGACCAACAGGUUUGUGCCAGACAAGGAGUUUGGUGGAACUGAUAGGUCAGGAGCUGGCAGGUCUGGUGGGCCAGUGCAGUUUGAGAAGGAAGAGGAUCCAUUUGGUCUGGAUCAGUUCUUGUCACAGGCUAAGAGAGCUAGCAAGAGAAAAGAGCCUGAAAAGAGGGAUGAUAGAGAUAAAAAAAAGAGGAGGGAUUAAAUUUAUGUAUAGUCUCCAUUUGGAUAUUAUGGUCAUCUAGAAAAGUAUGGUGCAGAUGGACAACUUUUCAAAGGUCAUGGCUGAGCUGAAGGAUUUUUGCAAGUGGUGAUAAUUCAAAGACGAUUAAAUUUAUAAACAACCAACCAAUGGUGGUUUCUACGUCUCUACAAAAUAGACCAAAAGUCAACCCAGGAUACUGAAGACAUGAAAUCCAAACUG